AUGAGCGUGGAGGACGACGUCACCAUUGUGUCCUCGUGGGGGCAAAAGGCUUACCACUGCUUUGCGAAGGAACUGGAAGAGUUGCAGCUGCUGCAGCAGCAGCAACUGCAACUCACGGCGCAGUCGCAGCACGAGCUGGAGGAGCGCUGCAAGGCGGAGGUGGACGCGCAGCUGCUCAGGGAGCUCCCUGAUGUUUUCCCGCACCUCGCCUCGGCUUUCUCGGCGUCGCGCUCUGCGAACGGGAGUCAGUUGUCGACGCCGUUGCCACCAUCGCCACCUGGGCGGCCGAGCACGAAGCGGCCCAAGUCAAAACACACGCAUCAGCGGAUGCAGUCCGAGAUGGCUGUCGUUAAUGCCAAGCGUGAGUCACUUCUCCAGCAACACAUUCAGGCUUCCAUGGAAACCCAGCAGCGACAACCAGCGCACCUGCUCGCCGCGCAGUACACCGAGCAGCUGAGCAGAACGCAGAGACAGGUGGAACUGUACUUGGAAAGAGAGACAUGUGAGCUGCGCCGCUUUACCAGUAAGCCGCUUGGCGCAUACGCUUUAGGUGAGGUCCUCGAACUCCCACCUACCACCACAGCUCCCGCUGCACCCGCUCCUGCAGCAGCGGCGCCACGCACUUUGUCCGCAUCCCACCUAGCCCCGUCACCUGCGCUUAAGUACCGCACAGCGUCGUUCCUCCGCCCUGAGGGGACCGCCCCAGUGGCACACCGCGGCACAUCGGAGCGGAGUGUCGCCGCUCUGAGCAACGAGCCAGCGUUGCGGCAGAAGACGAAGAGGACUGACCGCUCGGGACGCACCAAUGGCGCGGCGGCGGCCUGCGUGCACAUCGCAGGCAAGACCGGCCCUCCUGUGUUAGAGAAGACUGGCUGCAGUCACCAAGCAACGGACGACACAGCGUUGCUCGCGAUACCGCCGCCGUUCUUGAUUGAUGCCCAUCAGUUUGCCGUCGAGUACAACGAGAUGCUAAAGAAAGAGUACGGCUAUUGCCCCGCCAUGACGAACACGUUUGCCACCGACGAGCACGCGGGAAGUUGCGAGGCCGCCGUCAUGGCAGCGGCGCUGAAAGAUCAGCUGCGCACGCACGCGCCAGGGGUGACGAACAAGAGGCCAACUGCUGCCGAGAGCAGCAGUUGGGUGUUGCCCCUGCUUGAAACGGCAGCGCGCUGCGUCGACACCGGCGCAGCGUUGUCGCUGUUACCUGCCCAUGCAAGCGGCGAGGAUGGUAGUGACGGCAAAGAGCCGAGCAGUCGCCUAGCGCACUCCUUUGCUAAGAAGAAGGGUCUACCGACACAGCCAGAUACCAAGAAACGAGCCACCGCCGGCGGCAGCACUAGCAGCCCUCGGCAAGGAGGGCGGGUUCUGCCGGCGUUGUCUUCUGUGCGAGGCAACAUCUUGGUCUCUCCAACUUCGAACCCUCUCGAUGGUGUUGAGUGCUCCAGCAAAGGCGGCGGUCUCUCUCUCUCCACCUACGUAGGGGUGCCGAGCCGGCAGGUUGUCAGGUUUGUGAACCGCAAUGCUUACCGAACCCGACUGCGUCUGAAGCCGGCCUCGCACCCAUGGCUCACGUACCGGUGCGUUUGCAUUGCUCCCUCCGCCGCUGCCGCGAUGGUGCCACCAGAGACGCCGCUGAACUGCGGCGGCUACGUGGAGGUCGAGGUUGUCUUCUGCCCCACCUCCUUCGAGGCUUCCACGGCGACGGUGGAGGCGGUGCUGGAGGUGGGUGUGACACGCGAGUUGAAUGAUCGAGUCGGCAAGGGAGCGCAGUGGCACUUCAUAUCCGUGCCGUUGCAGGGGCAGGUGGUACUGCCGCACUUCGAGUGGUGGUGCAGCGCCACUGCGGACGUCACGAGGUCCAUAGUCGACACAGACGAGGUGGCGCUCGAUGGAGAGCCGAGGGCAUUGGCGGAGGAAGAGGCCAAUGACAGCGUCAAAGCGAUGGACGCAAGAGGAUCUGCCGCUGCUCAGGCGCCGUGGUUCAUCACCCAUGACGUACUCGCCUCUCGCGCGGCGCGUCUGGACGUGAGCGGACCUUCUUCGGUAGUUGCGACCUUUGGCGAUGUGCUUCUCCUCGCCUCGGUGAAGCAGACGCUGUACCUCGAGAACACUGGCUCUACGGCGGUCGUGCACGUCCUGAGCUCGUCCCCGGAGUUUACAGUCUCGCUGCCGCCGGUGGUGCCCGCCGCGCUGCCCACCAGCCACGCGAUGCCGCUCCACGUCUCUUUCUGUCCAUUGUCGGAGGGCCCUUGUGAGGGGAGUUUGACUGUGACGGUGCGCGCCAGCGAUGCUGCGGACAGCCCCGUCCUCACAGAGCACACUGUGAAGCUUUUGGGCGUCGGCGUUGUGCCGCGUGUCAGGAUUGCUUCGCUCGGGCCGCAGGUGGUUCAGGAAGAUGCUGUGCCGCAGUGGCAGCUGUGCAAGAGUGAAGCGCCACUCAACAUUCUGCUGAAAGGCACGAUACCAAGUGUGCCAACGGAGGUGCCGGUGACUGUGCGCAACGACUGUGCCGUUCCGCUCCCCUAUCACUGGCACAACGGUGAGUCUCCGUGCACGGAUGAGAGUUGCGGCGGCGAUGCAGAGUCCGAGCAGAGGGGUACGCACGAGGAGGACCAGGCGUGUAUCCACGAGAGGCCAGCGACUACCACCGUCACCACCUUCAUGGCCGUCACUGCCGUCGGUGUGGGCGCCAACAAGACUUCUUACAUCACACCGGCCUUUGGGAUACUGCCACCAAUGAGCACGACGACCUUCAUCCUCACCGUGACGCCGCACACCCUGCAGCCUCUGCAGACGCUUUACAACCUCUUUCUGGACAAGAUGCCGGACCCCUCAGCGCCGCGGAAUGCGGCGAAGCUUCCAUUUGUGGACGAGGGGGUGCUGGAGCUGUACCGCCGCAGUCGACCUAUUCCUUGCUCCGCGCAUGGUUCGGCGGCAUACAGUGUAAUGCCUCUCGACGACCCUGCUGUGCGUGCGAUGGCGCCGCCCAAUGGGCUGCAGGUGACUUACCUGGACCCUAUUGCCGUCUUCGCACGUUUUCAAACCACGCAAGGGGAGCACAGUGGCUACGUCGACCCAGACGCCGUCUUCGCCACCAGCUUCGUGACGUAUCAGCAGCCGGUGCUGCCCACCCUUUCCAUCGACCCAGCGGUUCUCGAGGAGCGUGUCGAGUGCCUUAUCCAGUCCCGGACGACGCGCACGGUGUCGCUGCACAACAGCUCGCCAAUUGCGAUGCACUUUGUGCUGGACCCAACCGCUGCCGAGUUCGCCGCUUCUGUUCAGCAGUACGGAUACCAAACCGAGCACACAAACCCCAUCCUCACGCAUGAGCGCUGGCGCGCCUCUUUCCCAGCUAGCGAUGGCAUCUCCGUGCAGUGCCAGCCUCGCAAGGGCCAAAUUCCGCCUUAUGGCACGGUAACCAUCACUGUCCACUUCACGCUGGAGGCAAUCGGACCGCACUACGCCGUCGUACCCUGUUGGAUACCAGAGGUAGAGCUAUUGUGCGCGCGUUUGACGGCAACGAGCUGUGCUUCCAGAGGAGCGCUCUCAAAGUGCAAGUCGACCUCCCUACCGAUCAACCCACGAGCCCUCACCAGCGCCGGUGCGGCGGGCCGACGCAUACUUUUGACCUCGCCACUACAGGAGGCGUCGCUCGGAGUCGGUGCGCGUUCAGGCACGGCCAACGUCGCCAGCGGAGGCGCGGGGAGGCGAUCAAAAUCCGCGUCACCAUUUGGCACCGGAGGAGGCCUUCUCUCCGUGACGGUGACAGCAGCGGAGGAUGCUCAGCAGCAGCAGCACGCGGAGGACUGCGGCUACUACGCCCUGCAUGUCACGGCCACCGGUGUUGGCCCGACCGUCAUGACUAGUACUGAGCUGCUGGACUUUGGGCUGAUUGAACUGGGUCAGGAGGCGGCUGCCUCCUUUACCGUGUCGAACCCGAACUCUAUCCCUGUCCUAUUUGACCUCUGCGACCCGCUCAUGCGCCAACCGCCGCGCUUUGUGUUUAUCCCGGAGUCGUUCCGCCUGGGUGCCGGCAACACAGUCGAGGUGACGGUGUACCGCAAAGUCGUCUCUACGGAGGACGCGCAGACUUUUUUUGAGCUCACCGUGCGUGACGGCGGUGCCUCCGUCGCUAUCGAGACGCGGGCAACCAUUCAGCAGCCGCUACUCGUCAUUGAGGACCCCGUCGUGCAGUUCGGGGUCGUGCCGGAGAGCGUGUGGCAAUGCGGAGCCUUCCACGUGUCGAACCGCUCCGCGCUCGACACCGUCUUCGCCGUCAUUCCGGCAACCCCUGCACCGUCGUACAUGGAGCUUGACUACAAGGCUGAGCAUGUCUUACGCGCUGGGGAGCAGCUGACAGUGCCUGUGCGCUGCCGCUUCCGCAUCUGCUCUACUGCAAUCACGAACCACGGCAACCGGGGAGAUACAUCGGCGUCGCUCGUGAGCUUGCAGAAGCACACUGCUACUGCGGCAGGGGCCAAUGAUUGCUACUCGACACUGCUCGGCGUUGUCUCGAAGCGCAGCCGGCAGACGCUGCUCGUGGAGGUGCGAUGCGACAUCGUCGAGCCGCUGGCCGUCUCCGUAGACGUAGUACCAGAAGCGUCCCCGGAUGGCAGUGGAGCAGUGGCCUCGACUGUACACAUGUCUACUGAGGCAUACGUGCGAGCACUUCUCUGGAAUUCCCUCGAGUCUAUCCUGUGCGCGCGUGCCACUGCUGCACUAGAUGACUCACUGGUGUGCGGGGGGCAUGCAGCCCCUCUCGUGGCACAUCAUUACUGCGCAGCGCUGAGUCUGGUCGACUACAUGCUUGAUGACGUCCCCCUCUCCUGCCUCUCCCUGACAGUCAUCCUGAAGAAUUACACUGGCUGCGAGGCGAACUAUGACGUGUGUGCGAAACACUUCACGCCACUACCGCUGGAGGCGCUGGGUGCGCCGAGGAUUCAGGACAAGCGGCGCAAGGUGGAGGAGGGCGCCAGUCGCGGCGGCGGCAGCAGCAGACAGGCAAGCCGCGCCGGCGCCUCCGGCGGCAGUCGAAAGACCACCCAGGCACAACUGCAACAGCGACAGGAGCAGCCACUGUCGCCAUUCUUAGCACUGGCAUCAAGGGCUUCAACAGGGAGCAUCAGCAACGGCGGAAAUGACGGUGCCGCGCUCCCGGCUUUCUGGAUCAAGAGCGUACAGAGUGACGUAACAGUGCAGCAGCAGCAGUGGCAGAUGAUGGAGGCCGCGCAGAAGGUUCUCGGUGACGGUCGCAGCUGCGUGACCUUGCUCGACUCUUUGGCAGGCAGUUUGGGCCCUUACGGCCAGGUGCAGCUCCCGGUUCGCCUACUGUGCACCCUACCCGGCCGCUACGCCGAGCGGCUGUGUGUGCGCGCUAACGCGACUCUACCGUGGCUUCAGAUCCCUGUCGAUUAUGAGGUGUACGGCAAACCCAUUGUGCUCGAUACAACCACGUCGGGGCUCAUAACGGAGGGUGGGCGUGACGGCAAGGAGGUGUUGCUGAUGCCGCCUGUGAUUGCGCCGCUGGGAGCGUCACGGCGGACAGUGCGACUGGUAAACCGUGUGUCUCGCGACAUGGAUGUGACUGUGAGCGUGUUCCCAUGCUCGCUGGGCAUGGCUGUCCACGCCGUCGACCCGGACGCACCAGCAGAUCAGGUGGAGCUAAGACUGUGCGCCAUGACCGCGGAGGAUCAGGAGAAGGAGCGGAAUCGAGUGGGGAGGGUAACAGCGACGCCGUUCCAACUGCGUAUCCCUGCCCACUCGCGGCGAGAUGUGUUGCUGGAGUUUACGCCGACGGCGAAGCUCACGGAAGAGUCCAACGCAGACAAGUACGACACGGCCCCUGGUGGCUCAUCGGACUGCACUGGUUCAGCUGGCGGUAAGGGCGACGGUAGCACAAGCACGACGGGCUCCUCUACCGUCCAUGCGGCGCAUGGUAGCGAAAGCGAGGAGGACGGUGAGGAGGCAAUGCUACCCCCAUCAGAUCACUGGUGGGAGGGCAGCGUCUGCAUCCACGCCAUGCUGGCGCAGAGUGAGUUGAACGACGUCUUCCUUAUCGACGACUUCUACGCUCGCUACGCGGAUCGCUACCCGUCCCAGCGUGUGGCCCGCCCCAUCAGUGGAGCGGCCUCAGCUGCGGGAUCGAAGGCUGCGGUGUGUAGCUCAGGUAGCACCAGUCUGUCAGUGGCGCAGCUGACUGUAACGCAGCCACUCCGUAUCCGUCCUGGAGGCAGAGUGGUGCGUGGUGGUCGUGUGGUGUGGCCCUGCGAGACAGCGCAGCGAGUGCUCGACCGCGCCGCAGCGGCGGGUGACGCACUUGUGCCAAGCAUCACUGCUGCUGCUGCUAAGCCGAUGGAUCACAGCGCCGACAGCGAUGACGACAAUGCAAGCAGCGGAGGAGUCUUUCUCAACUCGCAGCGACCAGACUCCACUCUGCCACUAGAGGUGCUACAACGGGAGGCAGAGGAGCGGCAAGCGCUUGUUGCCUUCAUGGAGAGCCGCCGUCGCGUACUGCAGGAAGAGAGCCACAAGUACUUCACGCCGAUUGAGUUGCGCUUGCGAGCGCGGUGCGGUCGACCGCACCUGACGAUCGAACCGUCAGAGCGGUGUGUCAGCUUUCCAGCGGUGCAGCAUGUGAACGAGAGGACUGCAGCGGCGACUUCAGUUGUGCCUCUCUGCACAAAGACGAUUAGGCUGACGAACCGCAACAGCUCAGCACUACGUUUUGCUCUAUCGCUGUCUGCAGCCAACCACAGCGAUGGUGCAAGCUUGUUUUCCAUCGUGCGGUGUGCUAGGUGGCGCUCCAGCCAGGAUGCAGCGACGGAACUGUUUACCGCUGGCAGGACGACAUCUACGGCUGGUGCUGCGGCGCACGAGUACACACUAGAUAGCAUGGACGCGCUUGACGUGCACGUCGAGGUGCACACCGAAAGCUCUGCUUGGCGACAGGCGUGCGCAGCUGUGAGAGCCGCACCACCACUACCCUCCGUGUCGAAAAAGGCGCCUGCAGUGGAAGGGCUGCUGAGGGUGCAGUUCCUGCCCACGUCUGAAUCGGCUGACGCUGCGUGCACUUCCCCCGACAACAUCGUUUCCGCACCUUGCCAGCUUCUUCCUCUCCGCGUACUCCUCACAACGCCGUUGCUGGAGUGCAGUCCUGGGGUGGUGUGGUUUCGCCCUGGCCAGCAGCGCCACGACGGCCGCCGGCAAGUGGCGUACCCGCAAAAGUUUGUUUUGCUCAACCGGAGUGCCGUCCCGGUGUCCUUCCAGAUCCACCCCGUCACUGACGCCGACGGGGAGGCAGUGCGGACAUUCCGCCUUCAGCAGCAGCAGGGCAUGCGCUACGCCUACACAGGCGUCUUCUCGCCUGCGGCCUCACAGGGCCUUUUGCUGACAAAUGCGACCAUGACGCAGCUCGGCAUCUCGGCUACCCAGCGCCAGUGCGACUCCAUUACGCGUAAAGUGAAGGCUUCUGUUGAGAUGCCUGCCUUGGCACCGCCGGCGGAGGGUCUUCCUAACCUUGUGUACGUGGAUGAACCAGCGCGGUUCUCGCUCAGUCCGCUAGAGGGCGUCGUACCUGCCGCGUCGUUGGGUGGUGAGCCUGGUCGCCUUGAGGUACGUGUCACCUUUGUCGAGUUCUCCGAUCUGCGGUACGAGUCACUGUUCAAGGUGAUUGUUGUCGGCACUGCCGCCCAGCCACCGACCUACGUGCUGCUGCGUGGCGACAGCCGUGACACGGAGGUGUAG